AGUGCGGUCCGUCCGGAGCUGCACUGAAGCGCCUUUAUUAGCUCAUUAAUGAUUGAGACGGUUUGUUUUUGUUGUUAAAAGGUUGUCGGUAAACGCGGUGCCGUCUCGGUGUCGGUGGAUAUUAUCUGUCGGUAUGAAUCUCGGAGACGGUCUGCUGUUUGAACUUGAAAAUGGGAAACCUAAGUUGAUUUUACUCAGUCAUGGUGUUGAGAAGAAUCCAGCAAAGCAGCCGUCCUUCAGGCCCAGAGCGGCGAACAUCCUGAGCUCCAGGCAGCCGUCCUGUGUGGAGGAGGUGCAGGGAGAGGAGCGUCCAGCCCGGCAGCUGGCAGGGAGGCACAAAGACACCAAGAGCAAGGCAGGAGGAGCAGCUAACACCACCUCCACGGCCGGGGGGAGGAGCUCCACUCUGACUACGUCCAGGGCACAUGAGAAUCACAAAGGGGGCAGCGUCAAAGUUUUGGCCAAGGUGAAGUCAGACAAACACAAACACAACACUACUGUCGGCUCCCUGAGAGCCAACGGGAAAACAGCUCAGCCUCAAAACAGCCAGACGCCAGAGGCCGGAAAGGUGCGACUAAAAGACACGCUGGCCAGGGGGGACGCAGGACUGAAGGACAGCGUGGUGUGUUUGACCAGUGAGCAGCUUCAGAGGCUCCUCAACACAGUCCAGAUCUCCAGCCGCAGCCAACGACCACCGGAGGACCUCGGGACCCGGAGCAGCGGGAGUGAUGGAAAUCAGACAGAGUCACAAUCUGGCUCCUCCAGGAAUGGAGGAGGAGGAGGAGGAGGAGAGAUGAAGAAGGAAGACACAGGAGGAGGAGCUGAUAUAACUGGAAGAUCACAGGAUAAAGACAACAGGUUGUCUGGAUGUCCGUUCAGCUGGCUGGAGGAGCGACAGUCAGACAGCAGAGCGGCCAUCGACGCCAAGAAGGCUCAGUGGAGGAGAGAACUAGAUGAACAAGUGGCCCUGAAGCAGCAGCAGCAGCAGCAGCAUUCGGCUCCUGGCAGACUCCAGGCUGAGGAGGACGCAGAGAGUGUGUUUUCAGUUCAGAGCUUCGUCAGCCACAGAGAUCAGCCUGCAGCCAUCAGAUCCAGCCUCAGACUCGGGGAGGUCACGCCCAUGGAGGAGGUGCUGGGUGUUGAAAGGAGAGAGGAGCAGAGGAGACGCUGGCUGGAGGAGCUGGACCAGCAGAGAGAGGAGGCGACCGAACGCAGGAGACGAGAGAAGCUGCUGCAGAACCAGAGGGAGGACCACGAGCUCUGGGCCGCACACUUUGACUCUCUGCAGAGACGGCCUCUGGUCCACGUUGCAGCUCCUUCAGCUCCACCUGCAGCUCCGUCCAUCGGCUCUGAGCGAGGGGACUGGGAGCCGUCCUCCAGCCUGUCUCUGGUCUGGGAGGCCACCAGCAGCUGUGGAGCAGAGAGCGUCGGAGGAGUCAGCAUAGACACAACCAGCGGAUAUCGGACCAAAGCCAGCUAUCUGAGGACCAUGACCGCCCUGCUGGACCCCACCCAGAUAGAGGAGAGAGAGAGGAGGAGGCUCAAACAGCUGGAGCAGCAGCGAGCGAUUGAGGCCCAGAUGGAAGAGCGUCGGCAGCAGAGGGAGCAGGAAGAGGCGAGGAGGAGAGAAGAGGAGGAGGAGGAAGAGAGGAGGGUGGCGGUAGAGAGAGAAAUGAUGGAGAGACAGUAUGAGCUGGACACACAGAGGGAGAGGCAGAAGUUGCAGUCGAGCCAUCAGUCAGAGCAGCCACAGAGGAACAACAACAGCGAAAGAAAUCCAGAGACACUGGAGCUCAGCGCAGUUACAGGUCAGGGUGAGAGUCUGGAGGAGAAGAAGGACGUCAGCAGUUCAGCCUCCUCAUACAAAGACACUGCUGUACAGACGGAAGCAGCUCCAUCUCUCCCUCCCAGAGCUGAGACUCCUGACGUCUCUGCGCAGUACCAGCAGCCUCCUGCUCCGUCUGCUGCUCCUCCAAACGGCAGGAGCCGAGCGGUGAGAACGGGCAAGGAGAACAUCUGCGUGCAGGGAGGCGGAGGAGGAGACCCGUAUGAAGCAUUCGCUAGGACAGACAGGAGCAGGAAGGACAAGAGGAGGCCGGAGUGGAACACACAGAGGCCGAGCCGUCGGUUCGUUCCAGCCUCGGAGCGUUACCCCGCCGCUCUGCAGAGGAACAGACAGGAGAGUCGACAGAGGAGGCAGGCGGAGCUCCUCGCUCUGCAGGAGAAGACCUGUCUGUUCAGGAGCGACCCUCCUCCUCCUCCUCCUCCUCAGCACCAGGAGCCUCGUCUCUGCUCCAACCCCACACAGACCAGAACCAGUCCCACCAGGAGGGUGGACAGUGUCUCCAGAGGACACAGCGUCUCUGCAGCCGUCAGCAGCGAAAGGGGGUGCUCUCCUCCCGUCCCUGCUGUCAGAAACAGAAUUCAGGGUCAGCAGCCACCACCCGCCUCCACCUCUCCACCUCCUCCUCCAGUCCUCGAGUUUAUUCCUUACGUCCGGACUGAUGAAGUCUUUAGUCUGGAUCCACUGGAGCCUGCUGACACCCCCCCACCACGCACACACACAGAAGCUCCUCCAGCGUCUCCUCCUGCUGCCUCACAUCGACUCCUCCAGCCCGAACUGCUUCGUAACACACAGACACAGCGACAGCAGGAGAUCCUGAGAGGCCUGGCCCAGCUACGCCAGGGUUUGUUACAGAAGCAGAGGGAGCUGGAGACGGAUCUGAAUCCUCUGCUGAAGCGCCAUGACAACGAGCUCCAGGUGCCUUCUGCAACACACCGCAUGUGACCUCUGACCGCAGCUGUGUGUGUGUGUGUGUGUGUGUGUGUAUGCGUGCGUGCGUGCGUGCGGACAGUGAUCUGUGUGUUCGGAGUCAGGAUGAAUAGGUGACACUGCAGUCUUUGGGACCGUACAUAUGCCGCAUUUUUGUGCCCCAAAAAAACGCCAUGGAACCAAAGCGUUCCCAGGUGACGAGGAAAAACCAACAACAGCCGGUGGAUAUCUUCACUGAUUAUCCAUCUGUGUUAACAAACUAUGGAGAUAUUGAUCAUGUUAUUGCAGGGCUACACAGAGCUUUACGAGCUGUCACAGACAAUAUUGUAACACGCGCUUAAAACACGUGCCUGAAAAAAUACAAGUCAGCUCUGAACUUUGUGCAAUAGUAAGAUGCUGGAUAUGGUUGCUUAGCAACCUCAGAUGCAACCUGUUUCCCAGCAAAAGAGUAGCACUCAGCGUCCGUCCUCGCGUUUUUUCAGGCAGUAAAAGAUGCGGCAUGUGUCCUCGCCCUCGGACCUGACUGCAAUACAGAACAUUUAACAGAAAAAAACUGUCAGUGUCACCUUCAGUCACCCAAACUUUGGAAACUGGAUGUUCAAUGUGACACGAUCGCUCUCAUCAAGGUUCACAUUUCACAUAAAUUAUUAAACAGCAGCAGAGUUUUGGGAGCUUUAAUAGUAAAGUUGAUUGUAUCAAAGUGAACUCGCCCUGUCCAUCAGGAGAGCAGAAGUGAUUGUUCAGCAAGUCCAACAACACAAGACUAUUCACCAAAUCUAAAAAAGUGCUUUUUUCUUACUUUUACUUUUGCAAAUGUUGCUCCUCCUGUUAAUUUACCACAAUCUGCUGUCAGUUGAGACAUUAGCUGUAGAAGAGCUGCUGCAAAAGACAAUAUUAACUCUAUAAUUUUUCAAAUUGCUUGAUGAAUUUCACGUUGUUUUUCGUGUUUGUUUUAAAGCGACAGCCUCACAGGUGACGAUGUACGUAAGCCAGCGUGUGCACGUGCAGUGAACAUUUGGGGUUUUAUACCAACUUCAGCCUUUAAUUACGACAGGCAGCUACGACAGUAAAGACAUCAUCGUAGUCACAAUAACAUUUCCCUUCAGUCUCGACCUGAUUUUAAAAUCUAGAAACAUUUCUGAAUUUCUUUUUUGGACACUGAUAAAUGUGAGUUGCAGGUUCAACACGAGCACAAACUUUUAACACGAACUACAAACAUCUGUGUUUUCUGUAAAUCUGCUCCAUCAGUUCUACCUCACAUCAGCACAAACACGUUCUCACUAACAGUUUAUGUAAAGAUUGUAUUUAAAAAUGAUGUUUUUAAUGCACUUUCCAUAAGAAUCACGCUGAACCAAACAGGUGUUUAGGUUUACCUUUUUUUUCGUCAUCUCUGGGGCACCACGUCUUUUUCUCUGGAGCGUACUUCCUGCAGAGGAGCACAGCACUUAUUUAAAUCAUGAAUGAAAGAUGUUUUUUUGUUUUUUUUUACUUCAGCUUCCUGCUGGCAGAGGAGUUUUUCUUUAUGACCCUGCGUUGUGUCAUUUUUCUGGUUAUAUGGUGUUGGUGUUUUUUAUUUAUUGCAAAUAAACAAUGUUAAGUGUA